CACGAGCCUAAUAGAACUGUGCUCGUGUGCAUACUACCUGGCAGAGUUUGACUCACAUAGCUGUCAGAGAGAGGAGACACGAAGGGGGCAGUGUGCAGUGUUUUCCUCCUGUGAAGCGGACUGUGGACUCAGCUGUGAGGCUCGUACCCGGUCUGUGUGUCCCGUGUUUCUGCCUCCUGGGUGGCAGUGAACAGACCUGAAGAGAUGGACCAGAACAACAGUAUACCAGCCUUUCAGGGGCUGGCCUCUCCACAGGGUGCCAUGACACCAGGAAUGCCUAUUUUCAGUCCCAUGAUGCCAUAUGGGUCAGGCCUGACACCCCAGCCUGUCCAGAACACCAACAGUCUGUCGAUACUGGAGGAACAGCAGAGACAACAACAGCAGCAACAGGCACAGCAGGCCAAUGCAGGUCUUCCAAGUACAUCAGGGCAGACCCCUCAACUUUUUCAUUCCCAGACAGUAGCAGGCUCAACCACCACAGCACUGCCAGGGAACACGCCACUACACCCCUACAACACUCCACUGACCCCCAUGACCCCGAUCACACCGGCCACGCCAGCCUCAGAGAGCUCUGGAAUAGUACCACAGCUACAGAACAUAGUAUCUACUGUAAAUCUGGGCUGUAAACUAGACUUGAAGACCAUUGCCUUGAGAGCCAGGAAUGCCGAGUAUAACCCAAAGCGUUUUGCUGCUGUCAUCAUGAGAAUACGAGAACCCAGGACCACUGCUCUCAUCUUCAGCUCCGGCAAGAUGGUUUGCACUGGAGCAAAGAGUGAAGAGCAGUCGAGGUUAGCUGCCAGAAAAUACGCCCGUGUAGUGCAGAAACUCGGCUUUCCUGCCAAGUUCCUGGACUUUAAGAUACAGAACAUGGUGGGCAGCUGCGAUGUGAAGUUCCCCAUUCGGCUGGAGGGAUUAGUCCUCACACAUCAACAGUUCAGCAGCUAUGAACCAGAGCUGUUUCCAGGACUGAUUUACAGAAUGAUCAAACCCAGAAUCGUCCUGCUUAUCUUCGUUUCUGGGAAAGUCGUACUAACAGGUGCAAAGGUGAGAGCAGAGAUCUAUGAAGCUUUUGAAAACAUCUACCCCAUCUUGAAAGGCUUCCGCAAGACAACGUAGAACAUGCAUCUCCUUCGUUUACCAUCCCCUUCCCCCCUCCGCCUCUUUUUACUCCUCUUUUAAAAACUCAUAUGGAAGUGGCAUAUAUAUGUGGACCUCCAAAAGUGGACUGCUCAAAGGGCUGUUGCACAGGGAUGUGAUUCAUCUUUUUUUCUUUUACUUUUUUUCCUCUGCCCUCCAGUGUUUCAGAUUUUUUGGGAAACACAUUUUUUUAUAAGUUUCUGUUCCUUUGUUCAGAUCUCACAUGAUGGUAUGGUAGCAGACACAGCUCCAUUUAUUUCCGACUGAUUUCCGCACACAAUUUUUUUUUGGCUUUUUAUGUUGUCACGAUUGGUCACAUCCCUGAUUGUACAUAAGACUGUAAGAAAAUGUAAAAAUCGCUGAUUAGAAGAGAGACAGUCGAUUCUGACUGUCUGUUGUUUUUAUUUUAAGCAGUUUUAAAUAGUUUUGUAUAUUGUAUUUUAUAAUUGUCUGCUCAGUCCCCCCAGUUGAAGCAAUAUGCAUUCAGGUCUGUUUGCCUCACAUUCCUAAUAACAGUAUUUGGUAAGAUUUUAGUUCAGCAUUUUAAGGAGGCUUUUUAUCCCAGCACAGAUCAGUCUGCCUUUUGUCCUCUUUACUUUGUAAUGGAAAUCAAUUGGAACUGGGUUCAGCUAAGUCUUGAUUUCAUUGAUGCUGGAUGUGGAUUUUCCUUAAAAUUCAAAAACUGACAUGAGACCAUAUAGUCCAGUGUGUUAAGCUUUAAAUGAAGUUACAUGCUUGUUAAAUAAAAGAUGCAGUGUGUAGAAAUUAAUGACAUCCAGCAGUGCAGAUUUGACAGAAAUGGAAUAUAAUAUUUAUAAGUAUAGUUUUAAUUAGUGUUUUAUCAAGUUAAAAUGAGAAUGUCACUAAUUCUACAAACCGCACCUUUUAAAAUGCUUACCAAGUUGGUUUGUUCAUCAAGAUUUGUAUCACUUGGUCUGGGUUGCUGAGACUUAAUUUCUUUGUACUGUAAUCUUUAGCAGAGAUGGAGUUGGUUUCAAGUUCAAACAAGGAUUUUCUUUUUUACACGGUUUAGAUGCUGUAAUUUCAAACAUGAGCGUGUUAAUGGUUAAACUUCUCUAUUUAAAAUUGAAAGAAAGAAUGAAGAUCAGGAUUUUAGAUAAUUUCAACCAAAACUAAAAUGUGAAGAAAGACAACUUGAAGUAGACAGCGUCUUCUUUUACUUGAAUUUAAAUAAAGUGGUUUAUAACUCUUAAAAUCAGUUACAUCUUAACUUCAGUAGCACUAAAAGACCGUAUGAUGGCAGGUAAACUAUGCAUCAUGUUGCCAUAUUUGUUUUGUUUUUAAGCUUUCUUGUGUAUUUCUUUUUGGCCAUUUAAAACAAUAUUUAAAAGUUAUUACAGAGUUAUUUUAUAACGAUGCUCACACACGGACAAAAAACAUUUAAAUGUUUAAAUCUUGGGCACUUGUAUGUGUGCUUGAGUGUCACACAUUUCUACUUGGCACAUCCCUAAAAACUGGAGCAGUUACAAAUUCAAAGAUUUGGUUAACAUGUUUUUAAGUCAGCUUCAUCAUCUGUGUGUCUGACACCUGGUGUCUGUGUUGGCAGAAGAAACAAGGUUUUAGCAGAGGCCUGAACACCACAAACUCCUGUCAUGUCCAAAUGCAAUUCUGUUUCUUCUGAAAAUGUUAAUGUGCUGCACUGUGCAUUAAUAAAUGUGUACAUUCUGGCUCUAUGGUUCAAGCUGCUUCUUGUAUUUUUCCAGUGAACUAUUUUUACUC